AUGGCACAGCUGGCUGAGCCGGACUUCCGCAUUCGGUAUAUCCAGUCAGAGAAAUGGUUGAGAAUGAUGGUUAGCAUGUGGAAACCACGUUGUCAUCGCGGGCACGCGAGGAUCACAUUCGUGAAGUGGAGGAAUCUCUCGGCAAGAUUCACAGAACCGCAAGUCCGAUACGGUGCAGCGCCGGCCAUGGCAUCCAUGCCUAGAUGGGCAGGCGAUACCGCCGAGCUCUGCACUGGACACUGUGGACAUGGACAGCGAAUUUCAGCUCGCUUAACGGCGAGAACUUGGAAUUGUUUUCAGGGGUUUUCUGGAGACUUCGUUCUUCCUCCUAGUGUCCUGAUUCACGUGGCGCUUGUAAUCAGAGUCCUGCUGGUUAGACCCUAUGGUGUGGGGUUGGGCUACUCAGAAGAAACUCUGAGCUGUUACCUCGUAAAGAGAGGGAAGAGAAACACCUUCUCCCUUUUACAACAUCAUGGCUGGGCUGAACGAGAGCCACAACCCCUAAAUCUGAGAGGCUGGCUUCAUUGUCCCAGGAUGGACUCCAUCGUCGUCAACUCAUCCUGA